AUGGAGAAACCGAUUUUCUCCCUAAACAGUCUCCUCCGCCGCCGCCUCCGCACCACCGCCUCAACCUACCCAACCCAGCUUAAUGUUCAUGUUCCAACAAUAUGUGCCUUGUGUGAAGCAUCAAUACAUCUGAAAUGGGAAUUGAUGAAUUUGGCUUCAGAAACUCAAAAUGUUGAAGAGUACUCUCAAGAUGGUAAGAGGGCCAAAAAGGCUAGGUUUGACUAUGUAAUAUGGUCAGAGCAAGAGAAUAGAGAGCUACUAAGGCUUUUAGUGGAGGAGGUGAAGAAUGGCAACAAGAUGGAUAAUGGAAACUUCAAGAAAUAUACCAUCACACUAAAUGUGUUGCCAUUCAUGAAUGCUAAAUUUGGAAGAACUUUUAAAUUUGAUCAUGUAAAGAAUAAGAUCAAAAGUUGUAAGAGGAAGAUUGAACCAAUUGAAUUACUAUUGAGGAAUAAUUCCGGGUUUGGUUGGGACCCAAUAUCUCAGAGAAUUACUUGCUCCGUUGAGGUGUGGGAAAAUUAUAAACAGGCUCAUCCUAAUACACCAAUGCUUAAAGAUAAGUUGUUUGAAAAUUUAGAGGAUAUGCAGAUGGUGGUGGGUAGCCACUCAGCUAGUGGGAGAGCUGCUGGAGGCUUAGGUUGUGGGGGGUAG